GAAAUUUGCAGAUAUGGAAAUCGUCUCAAACGCCGCCGAUCAAAUUCCCGAUAAAGAAGGUCAGCCAAACGCUCCCUGCAAUGGCAAUUUGAUGCUUGUGGUGCAGCAUGUAUGCAAUCAAACCCUGAGUGCUCAGUAAUCUCAACCAAAGAUAACUCGUUCAAAGUGCUGCAAGAUAAUGAUGAUGAUAAUCUUCCAAACCUGUCUCUCCUCAAAGCCGACAACUACGAUCCCUUUAUGCAGAAAUACCAAUUAUGGUGUUCUAGCGAGUUGCGACUCAUGGAUGCUGUUGACUCGUGAAUCGUUUGCCUUUACAAGGAUGAUAAAGCAUUUCUUGAGGGUUGCCUAUGGAUUUAUGAUUGCCUAUGUUGGGGAAUAUAUUAUUUUUUGCUUCUGGCCAGUAUUUACUUGUUAAUCAUAGGCGUAAAUUGACAUAGAACUGGAUUUUUUUUUUCUUUUUCUCAUUUUCUAUGAAUCAUUGUUCCUGUUUGUUUCACCAUUUUUUCAUCUAAGCUCAUCCACUUAAGUUUUAAUUUUUUUAUUUUCUUUGUCUAGUGCUGUAAGUAAUUAGACUAACCCUUCUGUUUUAUUCUAACUAAUACAACGUAAUCACCAUUUCUACAAUUGAGUGGAGGAUUUCGGUGAAAUUUUAUAAAUUUCAAUUCAACAUUCCAGAUAGUGGCUUGAAACUAGGUUCCAGUUUUAUCAGGACACUUACUUCCCUGCAGACUGUUUUUAUUGGUCGAUACUCUAUGAAUUGUGGAUCGAAUCAAUAUAUAUCAUAGUGGGCUCCAUCAUAUAUUGGAAUAAUGAGUCCAAUUAUGAUUUACUUAUUCAUGUGGAGUUGCUGUGGAAGUCUGGUCCAAAUCUUUAAAGUGCGAGUAAAGUUUUCUUUUGUUCAUACUAAUUACUUUGAUUGGUUGAUAUGAUUAGUUAAUCAGGCAGGAGUUCCAUAUUUUAGACCUUUAGUUGCUGUAUUUAUGGGAAUGGAAGUCCAGGCGGCGGGGGCAACCUACAAAGGCCUUUUAUAGCCUUUUGGGCUGGCAGCUUGACAAUUUGAGGCGCAAAAAUGCGCAUUUUAGUUCAAGCCAAGAUUUUUUAGUUGAAAAUUGAGAUCAAUCCAUUUGACUUGGCAAACCAUAACUAAAGUUUGCCUCAUUCACCUAUAUAUAUAUAUAUAUAUUUGUUCAUCAAUUCACAUAGCAAGAACCUAGUAAGAAAAUGGCCAACUUAUUGUUGAUCUUCUCAUCUUUGGCCAUCCUAUUGGCCACACGGGGAAUCCUAGCCGUUGAUUACACCUUCACCAACACUACUGUGUUGCCAAAGUUUGACAAGGAAAUUGGUAAGAACUACACACUGCAAAUCAUGAAUGAGUCCACGGCAUUCAUCUGGAAGACUUUCCAUCAAACGAGCCCAGCUGACAGAAAAAGUGUAGAGAAUGUGAGCUUAUUUAUCGAUGUCAUGAAAGGGGUGGCGUACACUAUCGAUAACCAGAUCCAUUUUGGCGCCGGGUACAUCCAGAACUACUCAGGUGACGUGAGAAGGGAAUUUAAAGGUAUUUUAUACCACGAGAUGACUCAUGUUUGGCAAUACGACGGCAAAGGUCAUGCUCCCAGUGGCCUGAUCGAAGGCAUAGCUGAUUUUGUGAGGCUGAAAGCCAAUCUGGCGCCAAAACAUUGGGUAAAGCCUGGUGAGGGCCAGAAAUGGGACCAGGGAUAUGACGUCACGGCACAUUUCUUGGAUUAUUGCAAUGACAAGAAGAAAGGGUUUGUUGCCGAGCUCAACAAGAUGAUGAAAGAUGGCUUCACAAACAAGUACUUUCAAAAGCUGCUUGGAAAGACGGUCAAUGAGCUAUGGAAGGAGUACAAAGCUAAAUAUAAUCCCAAAAAGUAGGCAAAACCUGUUUUUGUGUGCUUGUAAUAGAAAUAAGGCCUAAUUGCUUAAAAAAUCUCUCAACUUUUUUACUUUUGUCAUUAAAUGUCCAACCUUUUCUAUUUGUUGCAUACGAAUCUCCAUUGGUUUUUCGACCACCACCUUGCUGAUGUGCCCAACCAAGUACUGAUGUGUACAUUCAAAAAGCUGAAGUGACUUUUUUAAAGUCUAAAAUACAUAUAUAUGUGUGUGUUAUUUCCACGUCAUUGUUCAAAUAAAAUCCUCGUCAAACAUUAUUUCUUCCACAA